ACAGACACAAACACAAGUCCAGAUAUAGACGGAAACUCGCCCCAGGUCACACAGGAGAUCAGACACAGACCCAGAUUCAAACUCAGGACUCUGGGCUUCCAGUCCAGGGCUCUCUCCAGCCAGCUUCCCCUGUGAAUUGUGUCCCUGUCCUGGGUGACAGCCAAUCAGCCCCUCCCCCAACACACACCCACUCACCCCUUCAAUCUCCUGCUUCUGCCCACAUUGGGGCCACAUCCUUUCCUGUCCCCAUGACAAGCAUUGGCAGCUCCUGGGUCACAGGUCACCCCACAGGGCUCCCAGAGAUCCCUAGGGCCAGGAGCUGGGUUCACCUGGGUAGCCUGGAGGGUGGCAGUGUGGGCCCUGGGUAACAGCUGCCCAGCGCCUGGAUACCUGUGCCAUGCAUUCCCAGGCCCGGCCACCCGCCUGCAGACCUCAUCCGCCAGCGGGAGAUGAAGUGGGUGGAGAUGACCUUGCACUGGGAGAAAACCAUGUCCCGGCGGUACAAGAAGGUAAAGAUGCAGUGCCGGAAAGGCAUCCCGUCUGCCCUGCGUGCCCGGUGCUGGCCCCUGUUGUGCGGGGCCCAUGUGUGCCAGAAGAACAGCCCUGGCACCUAUCAGGAGCUGGCAGAGGCCCCUGGAGACCCACAGUGGAUGGAGACCAUUGGCAGGGACCUGCACCGCCAGUUCCCCCUGCACGAGAUGUUUGUGUCACCUCAGGGCCACGGCAAGGGCUCCUGCAGGUGCUCAAGGCCUACACCCUGUAUCGACCGGAGCAGGGCUACUGCCAGGCCCAGGGGCCUGUGGCUGCUGUGCUGCUCAUGCACCUGCCCCCGGAGGAGGCCUUCUGGUGCCUGGUGCAGAUCUGUGAGGUCUACCUCCCCGGCUACUACGGGCCCCACAUGGAGGCUGUGCGGCUGGAUGCUGAGGUGUUCAUGGCCCUGCUGCGGCGGCUGCUCCCGCACGUACACAAGCACCUGCAGCAGGUGGGCGUCGGGCCCCUGCUCUACCUGCCCGAGUGGUUCCUGUGCCUCUUCGCCCGCUCCCUGCCCUUCCCCACAGUGCUGCGUGUCUGGGAUGCCUUCCUCAGUGAGGGUGCCAAGGUACUGUUCCGUGUGGGGCUGACAUUGGUGCGCCUGGCGCUGGGCACUGCAGAGCAACGAGGGGCCUGCCCUGGCCUCCUAGAGACACUCGGAGCCCUUCGAGCCAUCCCCCCCGCGCAGCUGCAGGAGGAGGCCUUCAUGUCACAGGUGCACAACGUGGUGCUGUCAGAGCGGGACCUGCAGCGGGAGAUCAAGGCCCAGCUGGCCCAGCUGCCUGAUUCUGCGCCCGGGCCACCGCCCCGGCCACAGGUCCGUCUCGCUGGGGCCCAAGCCAUCUUCGAGGCCCAGCAGCUGGCAGGGGCACGACGAGGCGCCAAGCCUGAGGUGCCUCGGAUUGUGGUGCAGCCCCCAGAGGAGCCCAGACCACCACGGCGGAAACCCCAGACCCGUGGCAAGACUUUCCAUGGGCUCCUGACUCGGGCCCGGGGCCCCCCCAUCGAGGGGCCUCCAAGGCCCCAACGAGGCUCCACCUCCUUCCUGGACACCCGCUUCUGAGAGGACCAUGGACUCAGUGUUCCCCAGUCUCAAUUGCCUGAUGGCUGAUGCCAGCCCUGCAAAUGGGCACCGCACUUUACUCUUGGGACUCAGCUUCCUUCCAGGCAAGGACCAGGCGGUGGGGGAGGAGGAGGUCCUCCGUGGUACAUACUGGGUCAGGCACUAGCAUGGAGGAGGGUCACAGAGUGGGGCACCUGAGGACUCAUGGAACCGUCCUGGUGCCCAGGCCCUCACAAGUACCAAAGCCGGCACCAUAGGAGUCAGGGAAGGGGUUGGCUGGGUGAAGGGACCCCAGAGGGCUCCAGAAAUAAAAUAUUUUUGAACUUGGA